GCCGGACCUUUUGGCGGAGCGCGCAAAGGAAAGUGGGGUGGGAGAGAGAGAGAGAGAGAGAGAGAGAGAGAGAGAGCCCUUCUCCGUCCAAAGGAGGGAGGCUGAGAGAUAAGGCGAAGGAGUAGGAGAAGAGGGGGAGGAGGAAGAGGAGGGGAGAAAAGAAGAAGGGAGCCAUUCGCCGGAGUGCGUCCAAGCUCAGCUCGGCUGCACUGGAGAGGCGGCGAAGGAGGGCGCGCUCGUCGAGCCCGCUAGCCCCGGCUUCCAGAAGCACCCUCGAAGGCAGACCUCGACGACGCUCGCCGUAGAGAGAAACGCACAGGGCGCCCGGCAGAGAGGGAGGCAGGGAGGGAGGACGGACGCAGUUCCUGGCGACGGCGGUGGUGGCUGUGCGCUCGCUGCCUGGCGGGUAUAUGCCUGCCUCUGGCCAUGUCGUAUCCUCAGGGUUAUUUGUACCAGCCGUCGGCUUCCUUGGCGCUCUACUCCUGCCCGGCGUACAGCACCAGCGUGAUCUCCGGCCCCAGGACGGAUGAGCUGGGCAGAUCGUCGUCCGGCUCGGCUUUCUCUCCUUACGCCGGCUCCACCGCCUUCAGCGCGCCCUCGCCGGGUUACAACUCACACCUUCAGUACGGCGCUGAUCCGGCGGCCGCGGCCGCGGCCGCUUUCUCCUCUUACGUGGUAAGGGAAGCGCUCGGGUCGCCCUCUUCCUCCUCCUCCUCUACGCCGGCCGCUUGUGGGAAAAGGAGGAGACCGAGAGAGGGAUGGAACCAGAGUUCAGGGACGAAGACUUGGUGGGGCGGGUGUUAUUGGGGAGUUGUGGAGAUAACCCAGGGGGCUGGAGCUUGGAGGGUUUGGAGGCUGUAACCAUAGACGAAAGCGGCAGGUAAAGUGGGGAAAGAUGAAGUGCAGAGGGAGGGGUGCAGGAAAGAAAAGCUGCCCGUGGAUUUUGGCACCUUCCAUGGCCGCAGUUCUUCAGUGGAUGGUUAGCAUACCGCAUUUUCUUAAAAAGAAAUCGGUUGCAGGACGAAGGAUUCCUGCGCGGAGAUCAAUGGGACAUUUCUCUCGCAAGAAAGCCUGCAGCCGGCCAGCGUCUUUCUCCUUGCUGGUUUAACUCUGGACCCCCUGCCCCCCCACGCCAAAUACAGAGUUGAACGGGAGCUGCAGCGCGAUCUGGUUUUACUGCAUAGUAAGCUCCACUUUUGCUCCCAAGGAAGCCGGGCAGCGCCACGAUCCUCGGCGGCUGUUUUACGCUCGAGUAAAAGUACGCAGCAGCAGAGCACGGCGAUCCUAAGCGUGUUUGCUCGGAAGUCAACCCCGCAAAGUGACUCCGGGUCAGUGUGUGAUUAGGGACGCAGCUUUGAUCUUGAAGGGGCUAAGAAGAGCAAGGCUUUCCGUUUCUGCCUUUUCAUUUUAAUUUAGAAAAACGUAUGAGAGUUAGAGUCUCAGUGAAGGUGCGUGUCUAUACAUACAUAUACACUCUCCAAUACGAUUUUCAGAUGUUUUAAUUCAAGUCAAAUCCGGCAGUUUAGAUGCCCAAAAGAAAAGCUGAGUAAGGGGGUGACCCUUCUGCCCCUUGCCAUUUCCCUGCCGACUUAAUCGGGCUCCCCAAAUAUUGCAGAGUUAUAAUUUCAUCUCAGGGUGCCGACUGACAGUCUGAUGAUGAUGAUACAAAAAGAUUUUUUUUUUGAAGUUUCAGUAUCUCUCUCUUUUUUUAAAAAAAUGUACCUAUCCCUUCCACAAUAAUCUCAGGCAGUAUGGAAUACAUCUGGAAACAUCUGUCCAGAAGUUAUGUGAAAGAAACGCUUUCAGUAGCUCAAUAAAUCUACAAAGAGAAAGCGAAUAAAGUGGUUAUUCCCUCCUGAAACUAAACAAAGCCAAAACUAAAGGGCUUCCUCUUCCAUGCUUGAACUACUUCUUCUAGUUACAUUUCCAAUCUAAAUAUCGCAGCUUCUUAAAAAAGAAUGCGAGUUAGGCCUCUUGGAAACACUUGGACUGGAAUAGAGUUGAAUCCGAAUAUUUCGGUUUAAGGCUUAUUGUCGGGAAAAUUCCCCCUCGGGAGUGGGGGGUGGGUCAUGGAGGCAGAGCUUGCUAUCUGUCUAGACACUGUCAUGCUUCCAAGUGAAAGGGGGGGGAAGGGUGUGUGUGGGUUUGUGUAAAAGGUUGCGUUCAAUUAGAAGGGGAGGAGGCUGAGGUGUAAUUUGUUACUGUUUAUAGCUUGGUAAUUUGGCAGAGAUGGAAGUGGGUGAGUGAGAUACACUUUCUGGUCGCAUUCAGACACCGGUGGGCAACUCGUGUUUAGCUUAGGAAAGACUUAUUUUGACUCCCACCCCCAGGUAUGGUGACACUCCAACUUUUAGGCCGAGUCUGUUAUGGAGAUGGGGGUACAACCACGUAUUGUGGAGAGGACCCUUUCAAACGGGAGGGAGAUGGUUUGAUUUCUCAGAGAUACGGAUUUCAAGAAUGAUUAUUAGGAGGUCUCCUUCUCACCUCAGGCGACGCUUCUGCCUCUCCUUCUCCUUCCUCCAGGGCUCGCCCUACGACCACACCCCCGGCAUGGCCGGCUCUUUGGGGUACCACCCUUACGCGGCUCCCUUGGGAUCCUACCCCUACGGCGACCCGGCCUACCGGAAAAACGCCACCCGGGACGCCACGGCCACCCUCAAGGCCUGGCUGAACGAGCACCGGAAAAACCCUUACCCCACCAAAGGCGAGAAGAUCAUGCUGGCCAUCAUCACCAAGAUGACCCUCACGCAGGUCUCCACCUGGUUCGCCAACGCCCGGCGGCGCCUCAAAAAGGAGAAUAAAAUGACCUGGACUCCCCGGAACCGGAGCGAAGACGAGGAGGAAGAGGAGAACAUCGACUUGGAGAAGAACGACGAGGAGGAGCCACAGAAGCUGGAGGAGAAGGGCGAUCUGGAGGCGAUCGAGAUAGGUAAGCGGCCGGUGGAGAUGAGAGGAGACGGAUUUGGGGAGGUGAACUGGGUUGUACGCUUUUUGGCAAGGGGGUCUGUCUGGGGCGAGGGAGGAGCAGGGGAUCGCAAGACUUAAUGGGGCUGAAACGGCCAUGAGGGGGAAAUAGGAACUGUCUGGAUUCGUCCCCAGAAAACCUUGGUUCCAGAGUAGUUUAUAAGGCGCGCUUUGGGAAGGUGGGUUUUUUUUCCCCUUCCUGGGACUCGACGAGGUGGGUGGGAAGGCCGAGGAUCGGGCUCCAGAGAGGCCUCAAGGACUGUGUGUCGCCCUCCCUCUGCCCUUGUCCUCAGGUGCUGGAGACCCGAAGGGAGGCGCGGCAGGCAAAGAAGCCGACGGCGCGUUGAGCGACUCGGAUUGUAAAGAAGCCCCCGACGAGGCGCUGUCUAAAGGAGGCCCCGGGGCCUCGCCGCCUUUGGCCCAUUGUUUGCCGCCGGCAGCGGCUGCUGCUGCUGCGGGCCGCCUCCUUCUCCAAGCGCACCAGCAGCUGCACCCGGCCGGAGGAGAGGACCCGCAGCCGGCCCACCCGCUGCCCUCCCAGUACAGACCCCCUUCGACGGACCUGCACCCCCUCCUGCCUUCCAGCAACGGGACGUCGGUGAUCCACUCGCCCCAGGCGGCUCCGCAGGCGGCAGCGGCGGCGGGAGCCGGGGCCCUUUCCAAGCCUAAACUGUGGUCUUUGGCGGAGAUCGCCACCUCAGCGGACAAAUCGAAGGAGGGCAGCGGCGAGGCGGCCCCGCAGGCUCCGAGUUUAGCCGGAGCCGGCUCGGCGCAAUCCCCGACGGCGCGGUCGCCUUCCUCCACGCACUGCCCUUUCCCCAAUGGCGCCUCGGUCCUCUCGCGGCCCCUCUAUUACACCACCAGCCCCUUUUACCCGGGUUACACGAACUACAGCUCUUUCGGACACCUCUCCGGCAACGCGGCGACGGCGGGGAACCCCAGCCCCCAUUUUAACGGAUUAAACCAGACUAUUUUGAACAGAGCGGAAGCCUUGGCUAAAGAAACUAAAAUCCUCAGAAGCCAGUCCCAGUUUGAUCUUAGUAAAGACUCGCCUUACGAACUGAAGAAAGGUAUGUCGCAUAUUUAAUCUUGAGUUUAUUCCCAGAUUAAACCCUCUUCGUCAUCCACGACCGGACUAUCCCCUCUCCCUUGAUUUUUCUUUUCUUUUUAAUUUUUUAUGUCGUCUAUUUCUUUCUGCUUUUUUAUUGUUGUUGGUUUUAAUUUAUUUACGACCAAUUCAGACUUUAUUUUGGCAGAGGUUUCUUUUUUAAUUAAAAAAAGAGAGAACUAAGUGCGGAAGGAGGAAAGCAAGAAAAAGAGGGGGGGGGAGAGAAACCCAGACCACUCCAAUUUCCAAAAUCAGUGGUAUAAUUUAUUUGAGAAAGCAGAAAGUAAGCAGCUCUUGGGAGGAGAAAUAAUAAUAAUUAUAAUAAUAAUGUCUUAAGGUAAAAAGUGCAGGAAGUGCGGGAAGAGGGAAGAAAUACCCACAUGGGGAGGGCGGGGGAAGGCAGAAACAAUUUGUAUGAAAUGUUAUUCUGUAUAUUUAAUGUAGCUUUUUUGUAUUUAAAUCGGUAACACUAUCUUUGAAGUAAAUUAUGAAAUCCAACCGCCUGUACAGCCAUCAAUGUUGGUUUUUUUGGUAAUAUAAAAUAUAAAUAUAUAUAUAUAAAUAUAUAUAUAUAUACAUUUCUGUGUCUUUUCCCAAAUUGUUUCAUAGUUUUAAAAUCUAUCUAUAUAUAUAUAUAUACAAGUUUAAAUUAAAUUUUUAUGCCUAUUGAAUUACGAUUAGUAGUAUUAUAUUAUUACUCAAUGUGAAGAACUUUUUUUUUUUUAAUUAGGGGAAGCGGGAGAAGCCGGUCAACUCACGGGAUUAAGUAUAAAAAUGCAGAUACCCCUUUGUCAAAUAUCGGUAUUUAAUCAAAGCAUGUAGCUGUUUUUUUUAAAAAAAAAUACAAAUCAUUUCAUUUAUUCAUUUUGAUGGCAAAGUGGAGCCGACAGAAGGAAAUGUGGGUUGGGGCGGAGACCCAUAACAAAAGACAUAUUUAGAGUACAUUCCUUCCACCACCACUUUUAAAAGGGGAAAGGGGGAAGGGGAAGCGGAAAUCUGCACUCUAAGAAUUUAACUGAAAGUAACUUUUCCAAGUGAGGGACGGAUGUUUCCUGAACGCAGGCGAUUUGGGCAAAGCCUCUACAUUUGGCAUAAGUUCCACCUGAUGGAUUUGGUGACAGGUGGGACUGGGAAGAAAGGCGAAAGUAUACAGGGGUGAGCGGGGAAGGGAGGAUGCAGUGAAAUAUGUACAGGUGAUUGACUUGUGAAAGGAAGCGCCGGUGACGUCCCGGAUCUAAUGAGGGCCUGUCAGGGGAGUUAAUUCAGUCUGAAAAUCUGUGGGUUUGAUCCCCGCGUAGGAUGAGUGGCCUUCUAAUUCUGCCUCGUUAAGCGCGCAGAAGGUCCCAGGGUUCCGUCUCUUUGCAUCUUCUUCCUCUUUUUUAAGGGUUUCGGGCAGAAAAGCUGAGAAAGAUCUCUGCCAGAGAGACCUUGGAUUCUCCCUGAGCUAGCUGGGACCCAUGAACGGAUUCAGCAAAAGCAGCAACCUCCCCCUCAAAAAAACAACAACAAAAAAACAAAAAACAAAAAACAAAAAAACCGCAGCCGAAUAUGUCAGCUUGCUGUCUUAAGGCUCCCCCCGGUUUCCCUUGCCCCACCGCCCCCCUAGGGACCCAGUCCCGUGGAUGCUAGCGGGCGCCUCUGAACGUCUAUCGCUUGUAGCUUGCUGCUUGUCGAGCGGGGUGGAUGGAUGGAUACAGGGAUACAGGAGGAGAGGAUGGAGAUUUCCUGUGGAAGUGCACUCAAAAGCGCAGGAUGGCAACAGCGGACCGUCUCUUAACCUAAUUACUUUUAAUCAGUGUCGGGCUUUAUGCAAAGCAGUCAGCUCGUGAACUUUGCUAAUGAGUUCGAUUUUAUGCCAGAUUUAUCCCUUAUUACUAUUUCAAAGGUCUGCAGAGUUUUUACGGAGAGGGAUAGGGGGAAUACAUAUUAAAAGAGAAUACACUGGGGAAACAGAUGGAUAAAUAGCUCUGUUUGUGCAUAUACUGUGUGCAUCUCUUUCUCUCUGUGUGUAUACGGACAGACAUUUCAGUUGUGCGUGUAUAAUACACACACACACAGAGAGAGAGAGAGAGAGAAAGACGAAAUAUCUCCCUGCAUUGCUAGCCUCAAGUUUAGCAUUAAAAUUAUUCCCCCUAUUGGCGGCUCCAUUCUGCAAAAGCACUUGAUGGUUUGGCGGGGUGUGCGUGCUGCCUGUACGGAGAUUAGCACAUACAAAUGGAAGGUUGAGGAGGGUCGCCUUUGGAUUGCUUCCCAAAUUCACAGGUAGGUGUCACACUUGUACCGAAUUUCAAACAUAGCGCUCAUCUUUUGAAAGUUGGGCGAGUUUAAAGAGGGAGCGACAAGAAGCGCUUAAAAAAAAAAUCUAGCACAUCCACGGGAAACAUGAGUGGGGUGAAAGGAAGGCUCCGAAGAAAGAUGGAUUUCCGAUUUGCUAAAUCAUUUUGAGCUCAGGAAACUUAACCACCUAGGGUCGUGAUCUGAUGCGAGGGUCUCACUCCUACACAUACUGCCGGUUCUUUGGGGGACUCAGAUUUAUUUCCAGGUCUCAGGGUUAUGGGCUUUUAAAUAGAGGAGAAAGGAAAAUUAAAAGUACCCCCCCCUCAAAGAUCUCUUCCAUUAAUGGGAAAGGAGCAUUGAAUAUUUAGGAAAACUGUGCCCUUAAAAUAUAAAAAGAAUUAAAAACAAAAGAAAACCCACAACUCAGAAGUAAAAUAAGAUAGCUUUCUUUUUCUAUUUUUCACCCCUGCUUGGAAAUUGGUUGGCAACCCAGCCUUGAACCCACGUUAUCGAAAGGAAAUUAAGUUGGUUCUUACCCGCUUGUCUUGAUUGUUUCCUUAACACAGGGAGCCUAAAAAGAUUUUCUCGGGAAUAAACGCCAUUGAUUUGAACGGGAUGGCAAUGAAUUUUCGUGGAUUUUAGAAAGGCGGCAACUUGUAUUCGUUUGUUUAAUCUUUCAACUCGGAGUCCAUUUCCAGCAUUUAAAAAUUAUUAAAUACCUCCCUGCAAAAAGAGAGAGAGAAGACCCCCCCCUCCACGAAUUACUUUGGAAUUUCUACGGAUGUCAGUUCCUAGUCACUUAUCCGUGACUUUCGUCACUGCCUCGGAAAAUAGGAAAACUGUCUCCCUAUAUUUGUAAAAAUCUUUUGCGAGCUUUUCGGAACUGGACCCGCAUAAUUAAUUAGCUGCUAAUUGGUUUAGCUACAUACAGUUAAACGAUUUGCGAGUGGGGGUAAUCUUUUUCCUUUCACCCUCACAGCGACCGAGAUGUGAUUUGAUUUCCCCCAAGAAACCACGGAGUAUAUACAAAUACUCUUUUAGACUGGCCGAUAAAUCUAAAUAAAGAAGUCAAAGCUGUUUAAACGUGUAAACAAUCACAUAUUAGGGCCAUAAGAAUACUGUAAAUAAUGAUUUCAGAGAAAGCACCGAUUCAAUACCCAGGUCAAAUCGUUCAUCUGAACUGUGAUGCGGGGAGGGGGAGUGAUGGCGGGGAGGAGGGAACUCUCCACAAAUCAACCUGUUGAACUUACUUCCAUCAUUUAAGGGAAAAGAAAGUUGCGAAUGAUUCAUUGACCUCAGUUGAGUUAAGGGGAAACUGUUGGCCUGUUAGAAAUGGCCAUCCGAUCUUUCAGUUCUGAAAGGCACCUUUUAAAUAUAAAUAUAAUGUUUAGCUUCCCGACAUUCUAAAAUAAAAUAAAGAAGGUCGUGUUAUGCUUGGUAUGGUUUUUUUUUUUAAAAAAACAAUUACGACCAUUUUCAGCACGUACGUAUAUGACAGCCUCGAGAAUGUUGCUGAUGUUAUUUAUAAUUUUAAUAACCACGAUUCUUUCAGUCUUUGAAUUGGGGGGGGGGGACACCACACAAAUUCAGAAUAUAAGGCUAGUAACUUAAACAUAAAUAUUGUCAACCUUGGUUCCUUCUAUAUAAUAAUGAUCAUAUUGAAUAGGCGCGCCAGCAGUCUCCAUAAGGUUUUCUUUUGAUGUAUUAAAUUCCUAAGGGAAUCAAUCAAUUUCCUUUAAGAUACAACUAACCGGCCUGCUGUCCUUCUUGAUUCUAGUUAAGGCUGAACUAGGAUUAUGAAUAGAUAAUAAAUCCAAUAAAAAUUAAGUGUACUCUCUUCUCCAGGUGAAAUUUUAAAUACAUGUGUAACUAACAUGCAUUUGUCUCCUAUACCCUUAGCAAAACAUGUCUUCGGGUUGUUGUUGUUUUUAUAGCAGCAAAAAUAAUGUUAUGGUAAUUAGCGUUUACAAUGACAUCCGAAACAAAUUUACAUUUUUAUUUUAAACAGGGUGGUUUUUGUUUUUGUUUUUAUGUCUAAAGAUCUAAAAAAAAUCUGGAGCUUAGAGUUGUGUCCAAUGUUUAUUCUACUCAGAGUAGACGCACUGAAGUUCGUGGAGAAGAGACACUUAAGUCCAUUAAUAUGAACGUGUCUCCUCUAAGUAAAACUUGGCUGGGUGCAACCGUUGAAUAUAUUUCCCACCAACUGGAUUUUCGGAAGGAAGUUACAUACAAAACAGUCAUUUCAUCCCAAAUAGUGUUUAUGUAUGCUGUUUUCGGGGGGGGGGGGGCAAAACAAAUUUCCUGAGCAUCCAAAAUGAGACACCACGUGAAUCUGGUAGGAGGCUGAUAUGCCGUGGUGCUAAAUAGACUCCCCCAACACACACCAAUACUUGAAAAGAAGAUCUAUGCGUUCCAGUGGAAUUUCCUUCGUAUUAGGAGUAAUCAGGCGUAUUAGAUAUCGAAAGGAAAGUCAUUCCCAUUGAUUUCAGUUAAAUUUACUUCGGAAUCGCAACGUGCAAAGUAGCUGGAGUCAAACCAGUUUCGAUCCACUUGCGUUAGUGAAAGGAACCGCUUUUCGUCGUCUAAAUAUAACAAGUGGUCUCUGCAUGGCGUUAGAAGCAAAACAUAAGGCGGUUCAUAAUGGGUAGGUGUGCGCUAGCCAACUCACCCCCCGUGAAGUUUAUGGAUGUGGGGAGGUGGGAGAACAAGGCUUGUCAGUUUCAGUCCAGGGUUCCAGCUUUCUGAGACGUUUCGAACGUUCGGUGGGGAAGAGAGAGAAAACUCGUGUAAAGGUGUAACGUGUGGAUCUCUGACUAAUUUAUUAAACCUGCAGCGAGUGUGAAUCCAUCCUGGGGUGUGUGCGGGGGGGGGGGGGCAGCCGGGCAGCUAUCUUCCUCAUUCACACAAAGGGAGAAAACAGCUGGACUUGAAAACAAAGUUUGGGGUAAUAGAAGUAUUCUCGCAAAUGGGGAGGGGGAGGCAAAUCCGAAUUAAUGGCUGGGACUUGGGAGCCAUUAUUUUGAAAGCGGGGUGGUACUGGAAGUGUGUGUGGAGGGGGAUGGAAAAGGUACUGGCCAGGCCAGGGAGACAAGUGGCGUCGAAAUCCGUGAAUUUAGAUAGGGCAACAGGCUGGGGGCGUCCAAAUGCGUCAAUGCCACAAAGUAGACUGACUUCCAGGUCAUAACAUUUCUGAAGCCCUCGGUGUGGCGUUAAGCUACGUUCCGCAUCCGAAGGGAAUCCUGCUGAGGACCAUGGGGCUUUCAAGCAAACCUGCUUCGGAUUAAGUAAGCAUGCAAACGCGUUCCUGGAAAAAAGCCUUCACUGCUUUCGGAGUCCCUUCGCGUAGGAUCACAAUCCUGAUGCCCCGCUUAAGAGUGCGAGACGUCUUCCUCUGCAAGCACACAUGCCCUGGAUAGCGUUUGAAAGGCGCCGAGUUGACGCUCGUUUGGAGAUCGAGGUUUCCUUCUAAAGCUCAGGGCUGUGCAUGUUGCAGGUUUAGAUAGGGGCUGCGAGGACUGAUUGGCCUCGUGUUCCAGCCAGAUCUCUGUUCUGCAAAUCGAAAACCGCGACGCGCAGAUCAAACCGCAGCGAGGUGAGGUCAACCUUCCCCUCCGUCCACACACACAAACGCCUGCAAACCGUUUGCCAGCGCCCCGGAAUAGUCUGGGGGAAAGUAGUUCCUCUGAUUUUUAUUUUUUUAAAUGAAAACAUAAUGAAGCAGUAAUUUCAAACCCGGAAUCUUUCUGUCUCUGAUCCCUCUCCAAACAUUGCUUCAUUCCUCCACGCUGCAGACUUAUAACUUUUAGAUCUCACUUUCAGGGGGUGGGGAGAAGACAAGGCAACCCCGCUUCCCCGGCCUUAACCUCCUAGAAACAGAAAAAGAAAAUCCCUCUUAGGUUACGGUUGGAGUAAACAGCACUUCAGAGAGCAGUCAUCAGAGGCUGUUACAAACUCGGUGGUAAUUAACUAAUGAUCGGCUCGUUUGGGUUUCAGACGCACGCCGAUUAAAAGCCGAUUAUUCACCCCUCCUUUCCCUUUCAGGGGCGCAGCUUUACCUGCAAAUCAAAGUGAUGGGAGCCGGGAAGUCGUCCUGAGGUACAAGUCCCAUAAAGUUCACACUCCACUUUUGCCUGAGUUUGGAAGCGCUUCCUAGCAAGUGGGUUGCAUAUAAAUCGAAGUCAAAGGCACUCCGUUUACAAGUCGGGUUUCCUGCUUGGAGCGCAAGGGCUUCCAGGGACCUGUAAACUGAGUGCAGGCGUUUUGUCUAGCGCGAAGGUCCGGUUGAUCCUCAAACCGGUUGAUCUGCGAAGAGCAGUCACUGAAAGGAGCUAAACAGGCGCAGGUGGAUUCUCUAGGCAGGUCGGCGUCGCUCCCACCGCGUUAAGUGGGGUUUUCUCCCGAGUAAGCGCCCACAGGAUCUGUCUCAACUGGAAAAACAACAACACGGGAAAACAAUCGUUUCGAAAUGUGAACAUCUCUUAGGGCGGCUGAAAUACCGAAAUCACCUCCUUGGGGGUAACAAAGAUCCACUAGGGCGUUUAGCUGGAGCCCAUGCAUGUUUACUCGGAUAUAAGUUUUGUUCAGUGGGUCUCACACUUCUGUUGAGAGGGUAAUAGUUGCGGGGGAGACACGUGGGUUUGGGCGUGCAAUCCUCUAAAUGUUUACACGGGAGUAAAUCCCAUUCUCUUACACAGGGCUUAUUCCUUUGUCUGCGUGUUUAGUGAACGCCGAGCUGUAAGCUUAAUAGGGGAAGUGUGCGUGUGUGGAGGAAAGUCCCAUAAAAAGCAUGGAAAUGACUAGAUUCAAUUCAAGUUGAGAGAGGGAGAGAAAUCACCAGUGUUGCAAAAACCAUUUUCCUUUUCACCUCUACUCGUUUGGGAUUCCGGUCAAAAGGCUCCUGGCUGCUAUUUGACUGAGGCCUUCAAAACGGGUUGAUCAUUUCCAAAGAGAGAGCGAUGAAACUCCCCAUCAAAAGCCUGUUUCCAAACUCACCCUCCAUCCCAGAUGCGGGCUUCCCCCCCCCCCAGCAGAAGGAAAGAACCCUUUGCACAUGCUCAGGGACACCAUGCCUCCCAGGACCGAGUCAGUACUGAAAGGAAGGUUCCCACCAGGACUUGAUUUCAGUGUCUGCAUAAACUUCCACAAAGAUGAGCUUGGAACAAGGGGUGGUAGACCCAUGUGCCCCUUCCUCAUAUCCUCCCUCCUCCAAUUCCCAUCAGCCUCAGCCAACCGGUCCAAAGGUCAGGGAUGACCGGAACUGUAGUCUAACAAUAUCUAGAGGGUCAUACUCCCAGCAAACCAGUUUAACCGAAAUAUUUCUACGUGUGUCUGACCCCGUGUAUGUUUGCAUGGACGUGAAUUGCAGAUUAACGAGUGCUUCCUUCCUGAAUGGGAGAAGCGGGAGGCGGGUUGGCCCUAAGAACGUAUUCGGAAGCGGUUUCCAAACUGUUAAAAAUAAAAUAUAAAACAACUAUUUCAAGGAAACGCGCAGAAGGCAGAGGAGCACACUACCAUGUAAAUGCAACUGCUCUGCUUUAAGUGACCCUCUCUGGGACUCCUGAGGGGCUCGUUUAAAGAGGUGCUGCCCAAGAAGAGCAGAUUUACUCUAUAAAGACUAACCUAACCCUCCGGAUUCAAAGGGAGUGGAGGCUUAAUUGGUGAUGAAAAGGUAAAAAUAGGAAAGUGGUUCUCUCCCCCACCUGCCGCGCCCCAUCUUUUAAAGGGAGGAAGAAACUUCCCUACCAAGAAUAGGGCUCUAUUGUCUGACAUUCCCUCGGAGUUUAUGAUCAUUUAAACCACCUGCAACGAACAGAGCCGUAACAAGGAAAACUAAUCCAAAGGGAUUUUUAAACUCCUCUUGAUGUCAGAUUCAGUUUGCGCUUUGCAAAACGCCCUUAACAAUGCAAUCCUAUGCGUGUCGGCUCAGAAGUAAGUCCCACCAAGUUCAAAUGGACCCGUGCCUAGGGAAGUGUGCCCGGGAUUGCAGUCCAGACCUUCAGUCCUUUGUGUACUUUACCUUGGAGUAAACCCCACUGGACUUGGUGGGAUAUAUUUCCGAGUAAAAUGCAGAUAGGAUUGGGCAGUACAAACCGAUUUUUUUUAGGGCCCUCGAGUACUUAUUAUUAUAUAUAAAACAUAAGUAAAUAACGCGAUUGUUACUAUUUUUUAAAGGCUGCGAUCCUGUGUACACUUAUUCAGAAAGAUACCUCCUUUAAAGCGGUAGGAAAACCUGGACAGGGUAGAGUUGCGUAAAGAUGCAAUUCUAGGCAGUAUUUAUUAUUUAAUAAUUAAUAAAAGAAUCCCGCAGAGUCCGUCUCCCUCCCACUCCGCAUUUUAUCUUCACUAUAGGCCUGCAAGGUAAGUUAGAGAAGGAGACUCGAAAUAGGGUCAAGUGAGCUUCACAGGUAUGAGACGAGAAUUGACCCAUACCUAAGUCCCCUUCCACACCCCAAACUUUCUUUGUCCACUUCGCCACACCCUGGUUAGGCACAAGUCCAACUGCUCUCAGUAAGACUUUUUUUACGAGUAAACACCCACAAGAACCAUCUCCACAGAUCUGCGGUGACAGAGUGAGAGCUCUCUCUUCCAAGCCCUUACGCUUUCAAACCUUGCCUAAACCCAUUGAUUUGCUUCGAAUGGUCUGCGAAUAUGGGGAAUUGGAUGUUCUGACUGAAGUGGUAUUAUAAAAGAGAUUUUGGGGAAGGGGAAAGGGAGCUUGGGCAUAUACACAUGCGCACACGUGUCAGGGGAUGAGGGUCCCCCUUUACCCCUUAAAUCUUCUCCACUCAGAUGCUGACUCCGGCUUGAGUUCCGAAAGGUGAACAUCCGAGUUCCCACGCACACCCGGUUCCAGAGCUGGACCCGAAUUUAAAAUGAUCACCAGAGAGCGCUCCCCGCUUUUAGUGAUUGCAUAUUACUGUCCUUCCGGAGGCUUCCCCCGAUGUUUCAUUGUGACUACAUUGAUUCGAAUUCUACUUCGCUUUACUUUGGAGUGUGUGUGGUGACGAAUAUGGGAUAUAGUUUUCCUUUGCGUGCAGUCCUUGAAACGCUAUGGUGAAAACGAAGGGUCAUUCGGAUUCGGAGGAUUCGGAUUGAAACCGAUUUCACGCCAGUUUCUAGGCACACUUUCCCAAUGAGGAUAAAGGAUGCUGCUGGCUUCGAAGAUCAUCCGCUCUCUGGCUCCGGUGGCCCGAGGGCUGGUGGGAAUAUAUUUUCCACUCUUGUUUAAAGGCAGUAUGAAUAAAAGAUGGUUCCGUAGCCUCCAAAUUGUUUUAUUCACACGCUGCUUUCAGGGUUGAGGGGAAAACAGGGAGAGUUUGUCAUGCUCGUGCAAGAAAGGGGGAAAGAGGAGAGAAAUCCCUGCUCCAAAAAAGAGAGUAUAUAUUAGCUUUUGUGCAACCAGCUCCCAAAACAGCUGUUUCCCCAAUGCCAAAGAUAUCCACAAAGACUGAGUUGGGGGGGGGAUGGAGGGAGAUAUUCUAGGGGGCUUGGGUAACUAAACUCAAAUCGGUUUCUUUUGCAUUUAAAUCACACGGAUUGCAACGGGAUUUCUUCUGAGUGAAGCUCAGGAGACUUUCUGAUUCCCUCCUACGGACUGACACCGGUUUUAAUCCAGCAAGGAGCCAGGCACCAUACAGGAGUUAGUGGAUAUUUACUUCGCUUUAGCUCCCCUGAAGUUUGAUUAGACUAAUCCGAACUGGUUUCGGAGGAAGACGGCUGUUGAACUCGUGAAACCCAUGCGGUAGGGGAAAAACUUGGGCAUCUCCAAAGCAAAAAACCCAAGAGAUUUCUCGCUAAUAAACUGCAAGGCUUAAGCGACAAAGGCAAAGGGGAAUCUUUACACCUAAAUUGGGCUGUGGUGACCUUGAUCUUGCCUGUUUCUUCCAAACAGGCAACAGGAGUGAUAGUUUGUGGACUUAGCUCUGGGAGCGACAUCCUGUGGCCUUGGUCAAUGUGUUGUGCUCUCACAUUCAUAAUCUUCAUGAGUGGCCUACCUCACAGGGCUGUUGUGAGGACAAGCACAAUAAAGACAGCAAAGUCCUUUGCGAGGUGAACAUCUUUUGAGAGUGGCAGAUGCCUAGCAAAUAAAAUAGGCCAAUAGGCUCCAAGUGAGCUGCGGUGUAACUAGUGUUCCGUUAGUAGAAACCGCGUCAAGGAUUGGGUUGUCUAUGCAGGAGUGAAGAAGGGCUGCCACAAAUACAGAUUCGUGUAUCUUCUCCAUCCUGCAACGGUGGACUACAUUUAGCAAAGUAGAAAACUUUGGUCAUGAGGACUAGAAACGCUGGUUUAGGGCGCGGGGAGCAGGAAGGCAGGAAAAAAAUCGCAACACAGCACUGCAUGGAUUUUAUGAAAAGCCAGGAUGCCCAUUGGGCAGGGAAAUUAUUUCAACUGUUUGGUUCUAAUGGCGUUUAUUGAUUUCUCCCAAUUUAAAGAAACCAGUGCGCACUCGCUUCUCGCGCAGCAGCAGACAGACGUCCGUCCUGCUAGUUCCGGUCCUGCGCUGUUGGUAGCUUUUUUGGUAUCUAAAAAGGUAACGGGACCCCUGACUGUUAGGUCCAGUCGCAGACAGCUCUGGGGUUGUGGCGCUCAUCUCACUUUACUGGCCGAGGGAGCGGUGUUCAGCUUCCAGGUCAUGUGGCUAGCAUGAUAAGCCACUUCUGGCGAACCAGAGCAGCGCACAGAAAUGCCUUUUACCUUCCCGCCGGAGUGGUACCUAAUUAUCUACUUGCAUUGGUGUGCUUUCGAACUGCUAGGUGGGCAGGAGCAGGGACCGAACAACUGGAGCUCACCCCUUCGCAGGGAUUCGAACCGCUGACCUUCUGAUGGGCAAGCCCUUGCCACCAAUUAUCUCUUGCCCUCUUUGGCACAUCUUAUGCUCAAACACUCCUCCGACUUGGUCCUCUUCUGGGGAAAAAAAGGAAGAAGUGGGGAGGUGGAAUACCACAUGUACUAAGGAUAUAUAAUACUCAUAUAAUAAAUUAAACUAAUCAGGUUUACGGGGGAAACUUCUCUCUUCCAGCCUCCAAAAAGGAGGACGAUUUUUGUUCACUUAUUAUUAUUAAUAAUCAUCAUCAUCUUGAUCACACGAAAGCAGCGAACUCGAAUAAAGUCACACACACCCCGCCCAGGAAUCAACAAUGUAAAAGAGCACUAUCCAGCCAGCCUGGAACCCUUUUUGUAGCCUAGAUCCGAUGUGUGUUUACUCAGAACUAACCUAAGGAUUGUAAACUAGCACUUUGGAGUUUACUACUCCUACCAGGUAAGUGGGUGUAGGCUUGAACAACCCUUUAAGUGGGAGCCAGCAGAGAUCUGAGAGAAGGGGAGCGGUGGGGAACGUGCCAGGUAAUCUUAUGCAGCUUUAUUCAGAAGUAAAUCCGUCUGGGUUCAACGGGCUUGCUCCCAAGGAGGGUGCCAAUCCAACCUCGACUCCAGUUGGAACAGUUUUCAGAUCCAUUACUUGGCCUGAGAAAUCCUAAAGGAGGAACCGAUAGCUAGCUAGCUAGCUAGCUAGAUAGACCUGGUGCAGAGAGAAUUAAGGAGAGCAUUGGAGCUGAGCGGACCCCGAAAUCUGUUUCAUCCGCUGAACCGGCCUGGGCUCAUUGAUUGGAAGGUGCUGAAAUUAAAAGCGUCCACUUUGAACCCGAUCCACAGACAAUUCGGCUAAUCCAAAGCCCAGGUAUUUGGACUCAAACCAGAUUCCCCACUCGCCACUUCCCAGAGAAUCCCGGGAACAUUGUAGUUUCUUAGAGAGUAGAUAGGCGACUCUUAGCAGACCACAGUUCCCAAGAGUCUUUGUGGGGGCAGCAUGUCUCUUAAAGUGGUAUAUAAUUAUUCUUUGAGUGUAUGGUGUGUUUGUGACAUACUAAUACAAAACGUCUUCUAGACCAGGCUUCCUCAACCUCGGCCCUCCAGAUGUUUUGAGACUACAAUUCCCAGCAUCCCUGACCACUGGUCCUGCUAGCUAGGGAUCUUGGGAGUUGUAGACCAAAAACAUCUGGAGGGCCGAGGUUGAGGAAGCAUGUUCUAGAUGAUUGAAAGAGAUAUUAAAUCCAACUGCGUCAAAAGAGGGAGAUGAUUUUAAGAACUUGUGGUAAGACAGCCAUGGGCGUAGCCAGGGUUUUUUCGUAGGGGGCAGAACCUCAGUUUGCUAUGUAUUUUUAUUGAUUUAGGGGGGGCAGCUGUCUCUCCCUGCCCCUCUUGGCUACACCCAUGAAGACAGCCACCCAGAAACGCCCCCCUCCUCAACAGGCAACCCAAAGACUUGAGUCGAUGCAUAUGAAAUAUGGCUCAGGCGAUUUCCGGGGGACAAAUGAACCGCACUUAUUUUUAAAGGCGUUUUCUUUCUUCAAAUCCCCGUGUUUGGCAAAAGGAUCCGUUUCCCCAUUGCAUGACUCUGAGUGGAAGGACUGUCCUAAUGCCUCUCUUGUUAGUGGUGGUCAUUCCAGGUGAACAUAUCCGAAAUAAAAUGCUCUGGUCUUUAUUAGUGGAUUAUCCUUGCAAUCAGCGAGUUUAACCUGCGUUAAGAUAUCCGUAGCGUGAAUGCGCGUUAAAUAUUCUUGCUUGUAGACUGGUAGGUUCGGAUUCACUGAAAGGGGUUCUGACACUGUCUUUAUUUGCACUGAAGUCAAACGCUCCUGGGCGUAGGGAGAGGAGAAAUUAAAUAAUCUGGGACGCAGCUUUCCAUCCUCGGAAGUCGCUGGGCAACUAAAGUGAGUCCCCUGCCCCCCCCCAAAAAAAGUCUCCCUUGUGUUAAACGAGGUAGAGUUUCUAUUCCACCCGGAGCCUUCUAGGCUGUGAGACGCUUCAAAAACUCGGGAAAGUCCUCUUCUCGCUUGAGACGGGGCCUGCAAACUGAAAUCGCUGGAGAGGGAGCAAAGUUUUGUUUGCUUUUAAAGAAAUUAACAAAACAAGUGGGCGUUGUUGUUAAUUGUGGUUUUUGUUGCACAGGCUGCAGCCAGACAUUCUUUUGCUUCGAAUUAACUAACCGCGAGAGAAACUCCCCCACCCCCCGCUCAGCCUUACUCUCGCCCGUCAAAACCUGGGGUCCCUAGAGCCGAAUCGAAUUCGGCUCACGACGUGUAAAGCGAUAGCCAUGACCUCCCCUAACCAACCACUUCUCUCCCCCUCCUCCCCGCUCCUUUUUUUGACGUGACCUGCUUAGAGUAUUAGGCCAUCUGGACUUGGCAAGGCGCUAGACCGUCUCACACACAGACCCCUCCGCCUCCCCCCCCCCAAAAAAAACCCCCAAACCAGCUGCUUUUCCAAACGACCAAUACGUUAAUUCUUGACAGCACUGGCAAUCCCCCCACCGCCACUUUCUAGUUCCUCAUCACGAUCAUUUUGAAAAGGGAGAGGGAGCGUCCCUCCCUCCCCGAACCUUGCAAACAAGUGGCAAUUUUGAAUUAGUGUGAGCAUUAGAGACAAUCUGGAAACACCCUCCCCUCUUCGCUCGUGGGGAGGGGAAGAGGCCGGUCCGUCCUAUCUAGGGACAUAUAUCUCCCCCCAGUUAAAGAGAGAGAGAGAAAGUGAAGUGGAUCAUUGCAGCCACAGAGGAGAAUAUGAGAGUCUGGGUUUUUAUUGAAUCAUCAAAUCCCCACGAACGGAGCUCUUAAUUAAUUUUGGGUGCGAGCAAUGCAGCCCAGCUGUUUCCUUUGGAGUGGAGUUGUUCGGAGACAGACCCGCAGGACGAAGGGAAAGUCUGCGGGCAGGCUGCUGCUUUCCCCUCCUCCAUUCUCUCCCCCCCCCACCCGCCCCCCAUCGCCACGAAAGCGUAUCCUAGCGUUCGGCCCUCUCCUCACGACCAAAAAAAGAAAAAGCCACUUGUAACUGACAGAUGGCUGAUUGUAGACUCGCAUUCCUGCAGCCUCCUUACCUCUACAAGAUGCGGGGAGGGGGAGAUUGGUGAAAACCAAAGAACGAUCGGUUUGGAAAGAAAAAAGAAAGAAAAAAAAGAAAGAAAGAAAGAAAGAAAGAAAGAAAGAAAGAAAGAAAGAAAGAAAGCUUGUAGCAGUGUAGGGAGACUUCGUAUGUUAACCACACAUACAUUUUCACACAGAGACAUAUAUAUGGACAAUUAUAUCGAGUUAAUAUGAUUUAUUUUAACAUGCCUUCCCCCCGCGCGUCUCUCUCUCUCUCUGUGUGUGUGUGUGUGUGCGCGCGCAUAUAUGGGAUGUUAAAAUAAGUCAAAUUAACCAGAUAGAAUUUUCUCUCCUGCCCUUAAUAAUUAUGGGCACCGUGCAUAACAAGUAAGUGAAGUGCUAUCACAGGUUGAUAAAACACAGGUAUUUCAGUUGCAGAGUGGUACUUAAGCCUCUCCCCACGCCCCUCGGGAAAAUGAAUGAGAUUGAACUGGAUCGGGUCCCUGACAAGAAGGCCAGUCUUUCUGAUGGGAAAGAAACGGACUUUUAGUGCGUAGCUGCUCUCAAGAGAAAGCCGCGGCCUUACUCAGAGAGAAAGAAGGGGAGCUGGCCGGGAAACAGCUGGGUUGUCAUUUGCAAAACAACCAUCUAUAGGGGUCGUAGAUUACCAAGAAUUGCCAUUGAGCUCUUAAGGCUGCAACCUUAAACGCACUCCUUUGCGGGAACCUACAGCAAACGAAUUCAAAACCUUGAGUUGUGGAACAACUUUCUCGCUAAGCUAACGCAUGGACACAAAAGAAGUCGCAAGUUUCCGCCAUCUGCAGGAGGUUACUCUUUUGAGACAUUUUGUGUAACAUCUUGCCUAGCGAUGAUACUUGGAGAACGCGGAAGCUUGCCACAAUUUUGUGACUCUUUUAUUGGUCUUAAUAAGGUUUUGGCCAACCGUGGAUUUGGGAGAUUUCUUUUGUUAGCUAUCUAUACGGUAUCUUUGAGUUCUAGAUGCUUGCUCUAGCAGGCGCUCUGGGUUGGUGGACACAGCUGAAAGAGAGCUGUAUAGCCCUAUCCACAAAGCAGUUGUAGCGAUUUACUGAGCCUAAGCGUGUAUUUUGAUGAGAAAAAUAAUAUUUAGGACACGAUCCAGCCAAAGCCAAACUUUCCUUUAGCUCUCUCUAUUUAUAGCGACUUGCAAAUGAAUCCUGUAUAGGUCUCGGGAGUGAAUGCCGCUGUAUUCAACGGACCUCCCUCCCAAGUAGAUGUGUGUUAUGUAUAUAUAGGAUUGUAGCUAUGGGGUGCUUCAAAACAUUCUGCAUAGGUGUUCUCCGCAGCCCUUGCGACAACCCUGCAAGGAAGGCCAAUCACUGUAAAGGAGAGGAGAGACUGAGAAAAUUAUAAACUUGCCAAGAUGGCAAUUCUGUUUUCCAAUAUAAGCCUGAUGUCUCUCUGGCAAUAUACUGAUAGCUAAAAGAGAAAAGGAUCCCUAGAAAGGCGAUAGCCACCAGGAUGCCAAAUUAGGGCUCCUUCUCCUUCUGUCGAGCAACUCCUCUCCCUGGUAACAUAUCAGUGCACGGGAUGCUUCGCGACAAAUAAGCAGCAGGUCCCUGUCCGCACGGAGCUUACAGUCUAUAAGCAGCUGUCGUGAAAAGUGCAGCGAGGGCAGUUUGAGACCUCCAAGUUUGGUUCAUUGGGAAGUGAGCCGAAGUCAUUCCUCUGGAAACCAGAGGCCAUGUUUCCCUAUUAAAUAAGACCCUCUUGAUUUCAGCCUUAGAGUGGAGAACAAACUUAAGGCUGAGAUCCUGUGCAAACUUUCCUGGAAUUAAGUCCCGUUAAACAGACUGGGGCGAACGUCUGAGUAAAUAAGGCUAGGGUCCCCCCCCCCAUAGUUCAGAUCACAGGGUUGCACUCCUAAGACAAACUUACCCACGUGUCCAAGGGCACGGCAUCAAAAAUGCCUCCUCCUCUCUUUUGACAGCGCCAUAGAUAGCGAGCGGAGUAAAAUAGGUGGUCAAUUAUAGCCUUUCCUUAAAUAACUCCAGUAGCUAAGCUUUUAAAUAAACCAAGAAACCCACAUGCCCCUCAGAGCAAACUCUUGGGACAGAAGAAUCGGCAUAUGAUUCCUGCAGCUGUUGGGCAACUGGAGGCGGGGCAGAGAGGUUUGAGGAGGGAGAGACACACCGCACCGUGGUGAUACAAUCUUCACCUCCAGCCAGAUACCGUCUAUUAAUAAGUUUUGCAUUUGACAGUCUAACACAGGGUUCUGAAAGAGGCGACACGCGGUUCUCCCUCCACCCCAACUCUGUGAUUUAAAAGUAUUUACAAUCAACAAGGUUUCCUUUAAGACUCCUUUAAAAUAACAAGCAGCAUUUGACUCAUCCUUAUGCUUUCGAGCGCCCCAAGAUUGUCUCUUUGUUGUUCAUGCAGAGAAGCAACAGGAACGCGCGCCUUGAGGGCAGAUCCUCCCCAUGCUUCUCUGCAACCAGGGACACUGAACACCCCGACCCCAGGCCCUGCAGAGAUACCACAGAAAUACAGUACCCACCCACUCCGCCCGCUAAAGCUGAUUGAAAAGAGGAGAGCGCAGAACAAGGCAUCAUGAAGUGAAACGGCGGAGAGCCCACUUUCUCAAUGAUCAUUAUUUUGCUAUUUCUUUCUUUCCCUGAAUGCAUUCCCUCGCCUCGGCACAGAACUGGCAAAUUAGACAAGCUAACUAAUUCAAGAUCAGACAAACAAUGUUGGUGAUUAUUAUUAUUAUUAUUAUUGUGUGUGUGUCUCUAAGAAGCCAAGAGCUAGACCUAAGCAGAGGACCCCCAAUUUACUGUACUUCAAUUCCUGAGAGGUUUACCUUCAAUGCAAAGUCUACAUUGUGGCAAUAAGGAGGGCUGUACACUUUGAUUAAAUACUUUAAAGAUCCUCUAUUAUU